AUGGCAAUACCUGUCGCGGACGCAACUACAUACGGCGAGGAUGCGGCUGGCUUCGUCUCUGAUAACUCACAAAUCCAGGGGUUCUCUAGCCUGCACGACUCGGGUACGGGAGGGUCACCGUCCCUAGGGAACUUUCCACUUUUCGUGCAUCCGGGUUGCCCGGAAGAUGACUACACCAAGUGCAAUUACACCUCGGAGCAGAGGGCUACCCCGAGAAUCAACGGCACGGCAACAGCUCGGCCGGGGUACUUUUCCAUCGGGCUGAACAACUCGGUGUACGCCGAGAUGACCUCCACCAUGCACGCUUCAUUGUUCCGAUUCAACUUCCCAUCCACGGCGGAAGUAUAUUCCAGUGGCUUCAUGGUGCCAAGUAGUCCAUUGAUCCUCAUCGACCUGAUGGACCUGGGGUAUAGCAGAUCGGGAGGUGAGGUCUCAGUGAACCCAAGAUCGGGAAGGAUGAAAGGUAGCGGGACUUUCCGACCCUCUUUCGGACGCGGCGAGUACACAGCUCACUUCUGUGCGGACUUCAGGGGGGCUGAAAUACACAACACGGGCACGUUCCUGAACCUGAACGCUACCGACGAGCAACAGGCGCUCGAUUCCUUGGGAAGCGGCACUUCCAUCCCGCCUGGGUCUGCCGGGACCUGGAUCCACUUCGCUCGUCCACCGAAGAAUCAAAUCAUGGCCCGAGUUGGUCUAUCGUUCAUCUCAGAGGAACAGGCGUGA